AUGGCGGAAAUAGAUGAUGAUUCUGAUGUGCCUCCACUGGAGGAUAUGUCAGACUUGAUCGGUAAAGUGCAAGCAAUGCGUACAGAAACAUCUCAAGAAGUUUCAUAUAAUACAGUUGACUCUAAUUACCCCAGUGGCCAGUCUGCGAUAACGGAUACUAAGCAUGAAGAAACUACUCAGUACAAGGCUAGUAAUGAAUCAACAGCUAAAAAGAACAAUUUAACACAAAGUAGCCAAUUUGGUGGAUUUAAAAGCGGAUUUCUCAAUUCGAAGCCAGCUAAAGUUAAAUCUCAUAGUAAAGUUGAAAAAAAAGGAGGUAAAGGUGCAAAAGAGGAUGAUUUGGAAUUUGUCAAGCCCAAAAAAUCAAAAGAGGAUGAAUUAAAAUUUCAAGAAGUUCAGGAUGCUAUAAAUCAAUCUCAUCCGUUACUUAAAAAUAAUGACUGGGUAACCAAUGAUUUAUUGACCAAGAUACAAGCGAAUCCUCGUAUGCAUAAGCAAAUAAGUGAUCCACGCUUUGUUGCUGCAUUAAAAAAAUUUGAAACUGAUCGUGAAGGAGCAAUGAAACAGUUUCAGGGUGACCCUGAGCUUCAGCAAUUUUUCACAGAUUUUUGCCAACUUAUGGGAAAUCAUUUUCUUAAUAUUUCUAAAGAUAAAGAUCCCUCAAAAUCAGUAGUGUUAUACAUAUUAGAUCAGAACGAAGCUGCAGCUGCAACGGAAAAUAGGCUUACUCCGAAGAAGCUCUCGCCAGAAGAUAUAAGAGCACAACAAAUAGUAUCCGAUCCCAAGAUAGCAAAAAUUUUAAACAAUUCUGAAGUAAAAGAAUUCAUAGAACUUCUGAAACGUAAUCCAGAAGCCGCUCAGCAGUAUUUAUUCACCGCUCCUAAGGAAUUACGGGAGAAAUUGCAAAAGCUUGUUGAGUGUGGAGUUUUAUCAGUUCAAAGAAGUUAA